AUGACGACGAGGAAAUCCACCGCCACCGUCACCACCACUACCGCCUCCGUCACUACCGCCUGCAUCGCCAUCGCCGCCCCGCCGCCGCCCCCGUCAUCAUCGCCGCCACCGCCGCUGCCGCCGCCGUCAUCAUCGCCACCGCUGCUACCAUCGGCGGAACGUAGUCUUCCAAAAUAUAUUUUGUCAAACGAGUAUCCCAUGAGCGGCCAGCGUAUGCCGACGCCGUGUCUCAUGGGAUACUCGCAAAAUAUGAGACACCGGGCGCCGCGAUCACGAGCACCGCCACCGCCAGUAAUAACGCACAAGCUAAUGAAGAACAUGUUUCGGCGCGCGUUGCAACAGGCGAAAAAAGAAGGAUAUAUUGGUGGUGCAGGAUAUGGUGGAGGAUCUGUAGACGCGCCACCAAUAAAAAAUCAUCCGCCUUUUACUGAGGCGUCCAAUCCGCCGCCGCCCACCCAGGUGUACUAUCCGCCGCCGCCGCCGCCGUCCACCCAGGUGUACUAUCCGCCGACGCCGACUCAGGCGUACUAUCCGCCGCCGCCGCCGACUCAGACGUACUAUCCGCCGCCGCCGACUCAGGCGUACCAUCCGCCGCCGCCGACUCAGGCGUACUAUCCGCCGCCGCCGACUCAGGCGUACUAUCCGCCGCCGCCGACUCAGGCGUACAACCCGCCGCCGCCGACCCAGGUGUACAACCCGCCGCCGCCGACCCAGGUGUACAACCCGCCGCCUCCGACCCAGGCGUACAACCCGCCACCGCCGACCCAGGUGUAUAACCCGCCGCCGUCGACCCUGGCGUACACCCCUCCUCUGCCGACGCAAACGUACAAUCCGCCGCCGCCAACCCAGGCGUACAAUCCGCCGCCUCCGACCCAGGCGUACAACCCGCCACCGCCGACCCAGAUGUAUAACCCGCCGCCGUCGACCCUAGGGUACACCCCUCCUCUGCCGACCCAGACGUACAAUCCGCCGCUGCCGACCCAGGCGUACACCCCUCCUCCGCCGACCCAGGCGUACAAUCCGCCGCCGCCGACUCAGGUGUACAACCCGCCGCCGCCGACCCAGACAUAAAUUGUAUUUUUCUAAAUAAAAAUUAUCUUAACGUA